AUGUGUUUUAUCUUGGCACUAGGGGGACGACACGUAAAAACCGGACCUUCCGCUAUAGGACUAGCAUCGGAUCAGCUGUCUGCCUUCAGGAGAAGGUCGAUACUCUUUCCAAUGAAAAUCAAACACAAGAUAUCACACUUCACUUUGAUCUCAGCUUCAGAGCAUGUCGUAGAAUGUCAUUGGUGUGAAUCCCUUGAAACACGCAAAUCCUGCCUGACCCUUUUUUUUUCCCUUCCCAACUGAUUGUAUGACACCGGGUUCGCCUUUUCCUUCCUUUCGGACUUUUUGACUCGCGCGUUUCCGUUUGUCUGUUAUGUGGGGAAAUCCCUUCCCAAAAGGAGACGCAGUGAGAAUAAGGCCGUUUUUCUUAACGGGGAUUUUGGAAAUCUGAAAUCUGAAUCUUGGGCGCACUGUUGUUUUCUGUUGUGCUACCCGCCCUGUGCCCUGCCCUUUUUCAUUCCUCCCCUUGGUUAAUCUCCGCUCUUGCAUAGUCGCAUACGUCCCGCCCUGUCCAUCCUUUUCUUUUCUCCGAAUUGUGUUGGUUGCUUUGGUGCGAUUUAUCUGUUUCGGGCGUGCAGAUUUGAGUGCUCCUCUAA